AUGGGGAGUAGGCCCACACAGGCCAGGAUAGCCACCUCGGCUGGGUACCGGCUGCCAGAGGCCAGACUUCCCGCUUCAGCCUCAUCCCUCCCACCUCAAGGAACCCGGGCUGUAAGGACCACAGCUCUCGGCCGGGCUCAGCCGGCCCGGUGGCGGGAGGAUCAGCGCACGACCCUGAGAGGGAACCACGUCCUUCAGGACCAACUCUGGAGGGAGCUCCUGGAGGCUGAGUGGAAAGGCAAUCAACGGUGGAUUCAAAACUGGAGUUUUCUGAAAGACUAUGACCCAAUGGGUAAUAAAAAGGAACCACAGAAGCUACCAAAAUACAUACCACGAUUUUCAACUGAUGUUCCCAAUACUGCAAAUCAAGUAAUUGGCAGCCGGAUCAACACUAAACUUGGAAAAAAACUAAGAGAGAUGGAUUUCUUCCUUAUUGAAGGAAGUCACAAAAAGAAACUUGAUAAUGAAUUCCAACCGAGCUAAUGUUUAAACUCAAAUACUCAUUUCCAAGUACAGGAAUGUUUGCCCAGAUG